AUGCCACUGCAGCAAAGCCCUUCCAGAUACCUUUAUAAUCUUUCCUCUACCAUCUACAUAGCAACUCUAGCACUUGCACUUCGCUCAGCAUGGGCCAUCAAGCUUUCUAGGCUUCUAAAAGCCACUAUGCACUAUGCAAAUGAAGCUCAAGAAAUGGGUUCCUGCAUAAGUCUGAAGGUCACCAUGUUUGUUCAGAACCGCCUGGUCUCCGCAGCUACCAAAAACAUCUCACAAAUCCAGCCUUGCCUCUGGCUACAUUUAUACAAGGUUACAUUAUCUGGGCUCCAAAAGCAGGUGGAUUUGCAUUGGAACUCUGGGGCCCCUGUCUGCUACGUGACUUUGAAUAAGGCACAUGACCUUCUCUGCCUUUUGUCCCUCAUUGAAAAAUCUCAGCUCUUCCACCUAAACUCCAACUUUGCCACACGUGCCCCUCUUGAACUCAGCAGGAGGGUUACGGUCCCCGCUGGUGGGGCUAGGGGAGGCGCCCUCCUGCCUGCCCGGGUCUGGGAAGCCGGAGUUCGCGUUGGCAGCCCUCCGAGCCGCCUAGACCGGCAGUUUCGAACGGAGCCCGGGAUCUUGGUGAAGAACCUGCCCCAGGACAGCAACUGCCAGGAAGUUCAUGAUUUGUUAAAAGACUAUGAGUUAAAGUAUUGCUAUGUGGACAGAAAUAAACGAACAGCAUUUGUAACCUUAUUGAAUGGGGAACAAGCCCAGAAUGCAAUUCAGAUGUUUCAUCAAUAUUCUUUUCGAGGAAAGGAAUUAAUAGUCCAGCUCCAGCCAACAGAUGCUUUGCUGUGUAUUACCAACCUGCCCAUUUCUUUUACAUUAGAAGAAUUUGAGGAACUCGUUCGUGCUUAUGGAAAUAUUGAGAGAUGUUUCCUGGUUUAUAGUGAAGUCACUGGUCAUUCCAAAGGCUAUGGAUUUGUGGAAUACAUGAAAAAAGACUUCGCUGCAAAGGCCAGGUUGGAGCUGUUGGGCAAACAGUUGGGAGCAUCAGCACUCUUUGCACAAUGGAUGGAUGUUAAUCUCUUGGCCUCAGAGCUCAUUCAUUCUAAGUGCCUUUGUAUAGAUAAACUCCCUAGUGACUACCGGGAUUCAGAAGAGCUGCUGCAGUUUUUUUCCAGUGUCCAUAAACCUGUGUUUUGCCAGCUUGCGCAGGAUGAAGGUAGCUAUGUCGGUGGCUUUGCAGUGGUUGAAUAUAACACUGCAGAGCAGGCUGAAGAGGCGCAGCAUGCGGCGGAUGGAAUGACCAUCAGGGGAAGCAAAAUCCGGGUUUCCUUCUGUGCCCCGGGAGCGCCAGGGCGAAGUACAUUAGCAGCAUUGAUAGCGGCUCAACGUGUGAUGCACAGUAAUCAAAAGGGAUUGCUUCCGGAACCCAAUCCAGUGCAAAUUAUGAAAAGUUUAAACAAUCCUGCCAUGCUACAAGUUCUUCUGCAACCCCAGCUGUGUGGGCGAGCUGUAAAACCAGUUCUUGGAACACCUCACAACUUGCCACAUCUGAUGAAUCCGUCCAUUUCCCCUGCACUUUUACAUUUGAAUAAAGCUCAUCAGAGCUCAGUGAUGGGUGGUACUUCUAAUUUAUUCCUUCAGAACCUUUCUCACGUCCCUCUGGCACAGCAACAGUUAAGGAAGUUUGAGAAGAUUCACACUAAUAACAAACCUGGCUUACUUGGAGAACCCCCAGCUGUGGUACUUCAAAGUGCCCUAGGAAGAGGGUCAGCCCUUCCAUUGAAAGCGGAGUUGGGACCUCGUGGGGAAGCACAUAAAAGAGGCUUACUAACGGGACACCACAAGCAGUCACAAAGCCAGCCCAAAGGCACGGAGAUAAAUCCUGGGGCUGCCUCCAAGAAUCAGACUUCACUCUUGGGAGAACCACCAAAAGAGAUUCGGCUCAGUAAAAACCCGUAUUUGAAUUUGGCGAGCGUGCUGCCUGGUGUGUGCUUAUCAUCCCCUGUAAGUAAAACCACUCUACGUAAGACUGGAAUUACAGGCAACAUUCUGGAUGCAAUCUCUCAGGGAAAAGAACCACAACAUGCGUUGGAGAAGUGCAUUGCCUACUCUCCAUCUUUUGGCGAUUAUGCACAGGUGUCAUCUUUAAGAAAUGAAAAGCGAGGUGCAUCCUAUCUCAUCUCCGCCCCAGAAGGUGGUUCUGUGGAACUUGCUGACCAGCAUUCUCAGGGGACAGGAGCAUAUUACAUGGAAAGCUACUUAAAAAAGAAACGUGUAUACUGAGUUCAGGUCCCUCUCUGUCCCUCCUAAGGUUCUCUGCAGUAUCUCUGCUGUUCAUCGCUGCCUUAACUUCAUUCAGACUAGCCAUAUCCUUUAAAUAUUACGGGUUUCUCACUCCCCACCAGGAACUGUGUUGUGCAGCAGGCAGAAUUGCCAAAUAAAUAAGCAGCAAUAAGAAGAGACAUUAAUUGAGGAUGCUGUCCAUUACAAUCAGACGCAUCUUAAUGUAGUACUAACUUCCAAUCCAUUGUAGAAACUACAGAGCUUCCGAUCUUCCUUGUUGUAGGACUGGGAAUCAUUUUGACACCAUACAUAACAUUUAUUGAAGCAAUAAAUGGGGAAUGGUCUUAUUUCCCACGCCUUAGAAGGAUGAGUUUCUUAAAAGCCAAUGUGCAUUUCAAUUUACUGUCCCUAGAAGCAAUCUCAUUUAUAGAUUUUUAGGAUUUUUUCCUAGAACUGCAAGGGGGCAAGUACCCAAAGUGGUGAUGGUAAUGUUCUGAAGAUGCUCUAGAGGAGAACACCCACGCAUUCGUAAACCAGUGGAGGGGCAGAGAGGCCCAAGGUGUCCACCACCACAGACGCGUUACUUGCCAGGUGUUACUGACUGUCGAUACCCUUCGUGAACAACGCAAGGUAUACUGAGAAAAGUAGCUUUGGUGUUCUAACUCAGGGGUCAGCGAACUACACCCUGAGGGCAAAUUUGGUCCCCUACCUGCUAUGCUGCCUGCAUGCCCAGAAUGAUGUUUACAUUGUUAAACAGGAUAAAAGAAAAUUUAUGACAUGAAAUUUCUAUGAAAUUCUAAUUUCACUGCCUAUAAAUAAGUAUUUUAUAGGCAUGCCGCCCUGCCCAUUCAUUCAUUGAUAUAACUGUGGCUACUUUUGUGCUAGGGUGGAGGACUGCGUAGUUUUGACAGAGACCACAUAACCUGCAGAGUCUGAAAUACGGACUGUCUGGCCCUUUACAGAGCAAGUUUGCUGACCCCUGAUCUGAUAGCACUAAUUCCCUAUUUUUUUACUUCAUCUAAAAGAGACCAUUAACCUUUGAGACAGACUUGUCAGUGGUAAAGAACAGUUUUUUGUAUCUUAUAGGAUAGACUAAUGAUCGCAUUGCUAGAACAGGGCCUACGGUCAUCACCAAAUACCCUAUUUCUACAGUCUCACAAAGCAGCCAGCACUGCCCUUUCUGAAGGAGUCUUACAGAGUACCAGUAUUUAUACCCAUUUUGAACCCCCCUUUUUCUGUCACUCUUUGGUAGUUUGUCAGGUGGAAAAUAACCAGCUAUUUAACUUCUGAAAAUAUUUUUGUCUUUAUUGCUUUAUGACUUUUGCCACCAUGUCCUGAAGACCUUGGUAUUAAAUGCAUGAGAAACUUUGCCAUCUAGAAGUGUCUAAGUUUGUUCAUUGUUAUUAGACUAAAGGAUGAUGUGAGUUGGAGGUUUAUGAUAUGAUCCUAGCCCUUUGAAACCAGAUCAUAUCAUUUUUAGGGACUUAUUUUUUUGACUAGGAUAUAGAUAUCCUGUUCUAAUUAGGACAUAAGAAUUGAUACAUUUGUUGUAUGCUUUGUAAAGAAUUUUACUUGGUCUAAUUUAUUGCGUGUACUAGCUUCUGCUGGAAGGUGACAGCUAGGAAGUUUAACCAGGAUGAUUUUCAAGUAUACUACCUAAACAUAACCGACGAGGUUGAGGCCUCGCUCAGUUACACGGCAGAUGACGAACGGCUUCUCCAUGCUCUGUAUUCCUCCUCCCUGUUUUCCUAUUGCGUUUUGCCCCGCCUCCGCCACCAUGCACACAGAAGAAAGGAAAGACGGUGACUUUAUAUCAGAGCCACAGUGUGAAAGAAAAGGCUGAAAGGACUAAAACACAGGUGUUUUGGAAUAUGGCGAUUUGCCAUCCGUACCGGCCU